CCCCCUCCUCCGCCAUGCGCUACCGCGGCGUCCGGCGCCGCCCCUGGGGCCGCUACGCCGCCGAAAUCCGCGACCCGCAGUCCAAGGAGCGCCGCUGGCUCGGCACCUUCGACACCGCCGAGGACGCCGCCCGCGCCUACGACCGCGCCGCCCGCUCCAUGCGCGGCCCCAAAGCCCGCACCAACUUCAUCUACCCUCCCCCCUUCCCAAACCCCAAUUUCAAAACCCCUAAUUCCCAAAACCCUAAUUUCAAAACCCCUAAUUCCCAUAACCCUCCCAAUUCCAUACAUUUCAAUUACCCUCCUUCAAUUCCUCUCAACUUUCUCAACAAUCGCUCCUCCUCUUUCACCGCCGCCUUCAAACGCAGCUCAGCCACCCCAACAAACACCGAUUCUACUGAUUUUUUCGCGAACGAGGGGUCCGAUUCCGGUUUAUUGGAAGAAGUCAUACACGGAUUCUUCCCUAAAGUGAAUUCAGAGCCACCACCGCCGGUUAUUAAUGAGUGUGGAGCGAGCUCGGGCGGCGAUUAUCAAGUGUUUGGGGACAUUUUUCACUAUCAAGAAGCUCUGAGUAUUAUCAACACAAACAACAAUUAGUGUUGAUAGGAAAUUAUGUACCGUUUCUUCAAUGAAGUAUGUAAUUUUCUAGUUUAUGUAUUUAAUGAAUCCAACGAAAAAAUAAGAAAAUAACAUGAGUGUUUUAAUU